UUCAACUCGUCUCUGAUCCCGUCCAGCUGCUACUCCUUUGUCGGCCGUCGUGGUGGUAAGCAGGUGGUGUCUCUGGCCCGUCGCGGAUGCCUUUACCACGGCACCGUCCAGCACGAGCUGCUCCACGCUCUGGGCUUCAACCAUGAGCAGACCCGCUCUGACAGGGACAACCACAUCAAGGUCCUGCUGCAGAACGUCCAGUCUGGAAUGGAGCACAACUUCAGGAAGAUCGCCACCCUGAACCAGGGCACUCCCUACGAUUACAACUCUGUCAUGCAGUACCACAAGUACGCCUUCUCCAAGAACAACCAGCCCACCAUGCUGCCCAUCCCUGACAACAACGUGUCCUUCGGCAACGCUAAGGAGAUGAGUCGCAACGACAUCGCCAGGCUCAACAGACUCUACCAGUGCUAAGAAGCCUGUUCAGAUUGUGCUGACAGACGGAUCAGAGGGAAGACUGAACAACAGAAGCUGCAGACCUCGACUCAUCAGCACA